AUGGGUCAAUUCGAUUGGUUCUCCAGCAUUGGCGCCACGCCAGAAGCCGUCGCCGUCCUCAACGACCAGCCCAUCCUCUUCACCAUCCUUCUCAUCGUUCUCGUCACUAUCAUCCUCCAGUGCGUCCUCAUCUGGUACAUCCACUACGCCACCAUGAAGCCCGAACAGAAGAAGGCAAAGGAGGACAAGAAAAAGAAGAAGCAGGCUGAGAAGGGUGGUGGCGCCAAGAAAUAA